AUGCAGCCACGGCUAUCCCUGAACGGCAUGCUAAAUCCACCGUAUCCAUCGUUAAUGCCAUCGCCGCGUCCUCUGUACCGGGAUCACAGCUCGAGGUCGAUAAAUCCACUGACCGCUUACGAGCAGCAAAUGGCCGAGCUCGAUGGCAGCUUCUAUGGCAGCAAUGCGGCAUAUUUGGGCGCUGGCAUGAGUGGCAGCGCCGGUGGAGCCACCACGUGCACCAAUCUGACAGUGGGCGGUGCUGCGACAGCAGCUUCUGCUGCUGCUGGUUAUCUAGGCCCCAAGUUUGGCAUGUCCCAGCCGAAAUUCGGCCAGAGCGUCUCGCAACAAGGUUUCUUCACGUCGCAUGACAGCUUGGCCACACCAUGCGCCUCCAGAGCAUCGAACUCGCAUAUGGCCACCGUAAGCACUGCCUCCGAAAUGGAUUUAUUGCACAACAAGCAACGCCCCAACAACAACAAAUCGCGCGGCCGUCUGAAAACGACCGGCGGCGAUCAGCCACUGCUGGGCACCUGGAAUCGAUCCACAGGCCGCGGCUCGCAGGAUAACACGCUAAGUGGAGGUGGUGGUGGUGCUACCAGUGUGCUCAUGGGGCAUACACAAUAUGGCGGCAACUAUUGCAACGGCACCGAUCGCUACCCGCGUUCGCGUUCGCAGCAGCAGUCGCACCACAAUGCCGGACAAGCCACGCACCACCCAUACCAGUUGCAGCACUCUGCCUCCACGGUGUCGCACCACCCGCAUGCGCAUGGUCAGUCCGCACAUGGCGGCCCUGGUCCGCCCCAUGGCGGCCAUCCGCACCAUCAACUGCAUGGCGGCGGCGGUCCUGGAAGUGGGGGUGUCAGCGGACAUUCAACACAGCAUCAGAAACCGCAUCGCACUGCCUCGCAGCGUAUACGCGCCGCCACGGCCGCCCGCAAGCUGCAUUUUGUAUUCGAUCCGGCGGGGCGGCUCUGCUACUAUUGGUCCAUGGUGGUUUCCAUGGCCUUUUUGUACAAUUUCUGGGUGAUAAUCUACCGCUUCGCCUUCCAGGAGAUCAAUCGGCGCACGAUCGCCGUGUGGUUCUGCUUGGAUUACCUGUCCGAUUUUCUAUAUCUGAUUGACAUAUUCUUUCACUUUCGCACUGGAUAUCUGGAGGAUGGGGUGCUGCAAACGGACGCAAUCAAACUGCGCACACACUACAUGAACUCGACGAUCUUCUAUAUCGACUGCCUCUGCCUGCUGCCGCUGGACUUUCUCUACUUGUCGAUUGGCUUCAAUUCGAUACUGCGCAGCUUUCGGCUGGUCAAGAUCUACCGGUUUUGGGCCUUCAUGGACCGCACCGAGCGGCACACCAACUAUCCGAAUCUGUUUCGCUCCACGGCCCUUAUACACUAUCUGCUUGUGAUAUUCCAUUGGAACGGCUGUCUCUACCACAUUAUUCACAAGAACAACGGCUUCGGCUCACGGAAUUGGGUCUAUCACGACUCCGAGUCGGCGGACGUAGUUAAACAGUAUCUGCAGAGCUAUUACUGGUGCACUUUGGCAUUAACCACCAUCGGGGACCUGCCCAAGCCCCGCUCCAAGGGCGAGUACGUGUUUGUGAUAUUGCAAUUGCUAUUCGGUCUGAUGCUCUUUGCCACGGUGCUCGGACAUGUGGCGAACAUUGUGACGUCGGUGAGUGCGGCGCGCAAGGAGUUUCAAGCCAAGCUGGACGGAGUUAAGACGUACAUGCGCAUGCGGCGUGUGCCGAAUCAUCUGCAGGUGAAGGUCAUCAAAUGGUUCGAUUACCUGUGGCUCACGCAAAAGUGCUCGGACGAGGAGCGCGCCGUAUCCUGUCUUCCUGAUAAAUUAAAGGCUGAAAUAGCAAUUAACGUCCAUUUAGAUACACUUAAGCGGGUUGAGAUUUUUCAAAACACUGAAGCGGGUUUCCUUUGCGAAUUGGUGCUGAGACUGCGGCCCGUGCUCUUCUCCCCGGGCGACUACAUUUGCCGGAAAGGCGAGGUGGGCAAGGAGAUGUACAUUGUGAAUCGUGGACGAUUGCAGGUCGUUGCUGACAAUGGCAAAACGGUGAUGGCCUCGUUAAAGGCAGGUUCCUAUUUCGGCGAGAUUAGUAUACUGAAUAUGGGCACCGCAGGCAACAGACGGACCGCCAGCGUUCGCUCCGUGGGCUACAGCGAUCUGUUCGUGCUGAGCAAAAAGGACAUGUGGGACGUGCUUAAGGAGUAUCCGGCGGCGCGUGUUCGCUUGGAGUCGAUAGCCGUCAAGCGUUUGGAGAAAUACAAGAAGGCGCCACUGGAGAAAGUUGCCAUGGGCCGCUGCCAGUCAACGCCGGGCCUGGUGGAGAGCUGCGGCCGCACCACGCUGGAGGAUAUGUGGCUGCCGCCGGCCUCAGUCAACAUGCUGCAUCAGGUGCAGCAUCAUCAGGUGCAGCAGCAACAGCAGCAGCAGCUGCAACUGCAGCAGCAACAGGCACAACAGCAGCAACAUCACCAGCAGCUGCCGCAUACGCAUGGCUACAGUCCACGCAGCUAUACGGAGCAUUUGGUGCGUGCCACGGACUCGCCACGUUCGGUCAGUCCCAGCGCACAUGGCUCUGAGGAGCGGCCGCGCAGUCGCGCCACCUCGCACCACUCAAUGCGACCGCAAUCUCAGCCCAGUCACACAGGUCACAUUUGCGACUCGAGCUCACAGCUGGAGUGCUAUGGCGCUGGCGUUGGAGGUGUUGGUGGCGGCACCACACCGCUGCUCGGCUCUCAUGAGGCUCUGGAGGAUGAGAUCAAGCGUUUGAGAGAACGCCUGCAUACAGUUGAAUCGGAGAAUCAGGCUCUUAAUACGAAACUCUCGCAGCAGCAAUGGGAUUUGGAGAAUCGUCUAGCAGAGAUUGAAAUGCAAAUCUGCGGCGUUUCGUCCACGUCCAGCGUGGAUCCAGAUAAUGAGGCCGAGGAGCUGGAACGGAAUCGCGAGAGUAUCAUAUAACACGGGAGCGUGCUG